UGAAAAAGAGUUAAUAUGUUACAAGUAAUCCAAUUAAGUUUAUCCAAGUAAAUAUACUAUGUUUAUGAAUUUCUCAUGUGAAACAAUUGAAAAUAAAAUAAGUUUGAGAAAUUUAAUUUGCUUACAUGUAACAAAUUAACUCAAUUAUUUUCAAGUCUAAGCUCCAUUCUAUCUUUUUGUUUUUAGGACGACGCCAUCGACUAGUGACUGCCGUUUACAGACCCCUCAGGUUGGCGCUGCACAUACACACAAAUGUGUUCAAAAAGCAGUUCUCUAACCCUCCACUUCCAACUGUGCAAGAGCCAAAAUACUAUUUUUAUUUCAAUGUGAUUGACAUGGGGCAAAAAGAGCUUCUAUGUAAAUGACUUCUAUGGAAGCAGCUCUAUAUGAAAAGUAACAGUGUUGUGAAUAAUUGCAUAAAAGUAUGUGGAUUAACUGUUUUGACAAUUCUGCACACUAACCAGAGAACCUCACUUCAUGAAUUUGAAAUGUCUUGUAAUAUAAAGCGAUACCACUGAUAGUAAAGCGUAACUUCCUGAAGGACUGGCGUGGACAAGCUGACAGACUGAGAAAAAAAAUAUAUAUAUAUAUAACCGAAUGUUUUUCUAAAUUUUUCCCCUGGACAAAUUGCAUCAUUUGUUCGUAGAACGUGGCAAUAUUCAGAGCAAUCAUCAAAUAGGAAGAAAUAUUUCAUAAAGCAAAUAGGAGCCAAAGUUUGUUAAAUUUUAGAUCCUGGCUCCUAUUAAGUAAAAUUAAAUUAUGGGCCAUUAUAAAGAGAAAUUCUCUUUGUUCUCUCCUGUUUCUAGAACUGAGAGAAACCAAACUAUAGUUUUAUUAGCAAAGAAAAUGUACAUGUUACAUAUCCAAACAUCAGCGUCUCAGCUUUAAGCCACAUUUUGUAGAACAAAGUAACAUCGAUGGUCAGCCUACUCACCAACUGCCCCAACCAGACCCAAAAAAGGUUUCGCGUCUUUAUUAUUUGCUAUAUUAAAGACGCAUCAUAUCAUAAUUUACUGCAUAAAUUCUCAUGUAAGUUUUGGCUUUAUUCUUAGCACUAAAAAAGAAAAGGCCUUCCAGUGACUAUGGGGGCAUCAGCACCCUAAGCCCCCCUGCCGCUCCGCACCAACUUGCAACACAAAGUUACACCCUUGUUUAUAUCUGCUAUAUAUAGCUUAAUAAAUAACUCUAAUGAGUGUUGAACUCUAGCAUUGUGAUUAAUGAAAGUGCAAAAUUAAUGUCUUUUAAAACUGUGUAUAUCACAUUUUUAAAAACACAACAUGGAGCGCGGUGAUGUCACAGAUCUCUGCAGGUACACAGGUAGAGGUGCAUCUUUAAAAGUUUGAAAAUUCAUAAAUUGUAGGAAACCGUCUAGAGAACAAGCUUGUGUCAUAAAACUCAAAGAGCAAAAAUGAUGCAACUUUCUGUAGCUUGAGUUUAAAUAAUUUUGUUAUAAAAAUGUUAUGUAGAAGGGAGUCCCCUUUUUGCCUUACUUUGCCGAAUUGCGUCUACACAAAUAAUAUCCUUGAAAUUUUCUCAUAAAACACCUUCAGAGAUCUUAGAAAUAUAAAAAAAAUUAAUUUUAUUCCGUUCUUUCCUUUUCUUUUCGAUGUUACGAAUGGUUCUCUUUGGGAAACCUGUAGAAAAUUUCUCUGUGCCAUUUUUGCAAACCCCUCCAGAGCGUUCCCCGUACUGCUGCUAGGAAACCACCAAAGAAAAGUCUUGGACACAUCGGCGGAUGUUCCCAGUACGUUCGCCUUAUAUUUAUGGACUUUUUGUCUUUUGGGAGUCCUCUGGUAAUAAAAAAAAAAGUUGACUGGCCGUGUCCCAGUGAAAACACAGCAGAGCGGCAGGAAUGCAGCGCUCGGACCCGGGCAGCCCCAGCAGCUCCUCCGUCAGACGUGACGUCGCUGCUGGUUCCCCGCAGAAAAACUUCACUCCGGAGAAAGUUUUCUAGAAGGGAGAGACAGAAGAGGGGGGGGAGAAAAAAAAAAAAAAAAAAAGAAAAGCAGCGAGCCCGAAAAUACGCGGAGCCCCGGAAUGUGCAAACGCUCGGUUCUCCAACAUUUCAGCCAUCUGUCGAAAUGUUUCUGCGCUCCCGUCGAUGCACGGACUCGGUCGCUGCUCUUGUGGCGCUUAUUUAUUUAACGGUGUUGUUGUCGAGAAGCUCCCUGUGUAGCAGCGAGGAGGACGAUGAGGUCCUGGGGAAAAACCAGCUCGCUGAAUACUACAGAAAAGGUCUCUUCAUCCUGGAGAGCGUUACACUGAAGCGCUGCGUGACGGUGAACGGCUCCAAUGUGGUGCUGGACGAUUGCGAGCGUCCCACACGCCACAUGCUGUGGAAGUGGGUCUCUAGGCACCGACUCUUCAACUUAGGCACCAGCAUGUGCCUGGGCCUUAACCUUUCGGACACAAUGCAGCCGUUGGGCAUGUUUGAGUGCGACGCUACCUAUCUAGUGCUGUGGUGGCGUUGCCACGGGAACAUGCUCUAUGGGGCGUCAGAGUGGAAGGUGACGGUUUCCGGACGUUUGGUGGUGGUAAGAAAGAACGUGUACCACGAGUGGAAAAGGUACAACACUCCCAAAGAAGGCCCCUGCUCACAUCCAUAUGAAGAAAUCCACACUCUUUUGGGAAAUGCACACGGAUAUUCUUGUGUUUUUCCUUUUAAUUACAACAACAAGUGGUACGCUGAGUGUACAACUGAGGGCCGGGAGGAUAAUCUUCACUGGUGUGCCACUACUGAUCGCUACGAUCAGUCUGAAAGAUGGGGCUUCUGCCCAGUUAAAGCUUCCAGUUGUGAUCAUUUCUGGGAGUUGAACCAGGAGCUCAGCGCGUGCUACCAGUUCAACCUGUACACCAUCCUCACCUGGAGUCAGGCGCUGUCCACCUGCCUCGCUCAAGGAGGGAAUCUGUUGAGCAUCACCAGCCUGGCUGAGCACAGGUAUAUCCGAGAUCGACUGGCAAAUGUUGGUGCAAUGGUGUGGAUUGGACUGAACCACCUUAAGGACGGGUAUGGAUGGAAAUGGUCCGAUGGCGCUCCCUUGUCACUGGUGAAUUUUACUACAGCUCUGGCCGCUGGACCGCUAGAGACCAACAUGCCUUGUGGAGUGUACAACUCUGCCUAUGGAGGCCAAUGGCAGAGUCUUUCCUGUGAGUCCGCCCUGCCUUACAUCUGCAAGAAGACACCGAACAACACCGGCAUAGUUGAGCCACUAGAGAACUGGCAGUACAUCCAUACCGAGUGCGCUGAUGGCUGGUGGCCUCAUAAUGGCUUUUGCUACCAUGUGCUGGCGGAAAAAGACUCUGGAAGCUGGAAGGAGUCGUCCCGAGCCUGUGGCUCUCUGGGGGCAAAGCUAAUCAGUCUCCAUUCCUUGUCAGAGGCGGAGAUGCUGCUUAACCUGCUGGCUAACUAUUCCAGGGAAGUCACAGAGGUCUGGAUUGGUCUGUGGAAGCAGGGGCCAUCGCCAGGUGUAGAGUGGUCAGAUGGUUCACCAGUAACUCUGACUCUCUGGGACCAGUAUCAGCCUGUGCUCAACCUGACAGAUUCGACACAUUGCAUCAAAAUGGAGACAAAGAAAGGUAACUGGCUCUUGGCCCCAUGCGAUGAGCAACACCCUGCUGUAUGCAGAAGAGAAAGCCAGAGUCCUGUUCAGCACAGAGGAACCUGGGAUGAAGGAUGCCCUGCGGGUUGGAAGAGACACGGUCACUCCUGUUAUACAGUAACUAGUCAUGAACAGACGUUUGAAGAUGCGGCGUUGGGAUAUUACUGCAUGGCUUCUCUCCUCACUGUGGAGAACAGGUUUGAGCAGGCUUUUGUCAACAGUUUGCUGAGUGCGAAUGGAACCAACAGCAGCAUGAACUAUUGGAUCGGCCUCAAGGACCAGGAGAAGAAGGGGGAGUACAGGUGGCUUCCUCACAAUGGCUCCUCUCUGCCUCUCACCUUCUCAAACUGGAACAAGCACCAGCCUGUUAGUGCUGGUGGCUGUGUCGUCAUAUCUGGCGGUCCUGCUUUGGGUCACUGGGAGGUGAAAGACUGCAAAUCCCACAAGGCUUUGUCGGUGUGUAAGAUGAGCAGCAGCCACAGUGAUGCUGGCCUGCCAGAGCGCCACAUUGAUGCUUACGCCCCCUGUCCUCCAGGCUGGGAAUCACACUCUGGACUGCUCCACUGUUUUAAGGUGUUCCACGAUGAGAAAGUCUUGAUGAAGCGCUCCUGGGUGGAAGCAGACUUCUUCUGCCAAGCCCUCGGGGCUCAGCUGGCCAGUUUCCAGCACUAUGAGGAGCAGGUGUUUGUUAAGCACCUGCUCAGCACCAUGUUUGAAGGAACAGAGGGCCGCUGGUUCUGGGUUGGUUUAAAUAAGAGAGACCCCGACCACCCUGGAGCCUGGGAGUGGUCCGACGGCUCUCCAAUAGUGACGUCUUUCAUUGAAGAUAAGAACGAGGAGGAUGACAGGAGGGACUGUGCUGUGUACAGCGACCUGACUAACAACAUGAUGCCACGGCCUUGUGACACCAAACAUGAGUGGAUCUGCAAGCUGUCCAGAGGUGAUAAGCUGAAGAAGCCUUACUGGUACACUGAACAGAGCCAGGCCUGGGUGUUUUACCGAGGAGCCGAGUACUUGCUGGCUAAUCAACCCUACAACUGGCAUGCAGUCUCUUUGGCCUGUCAGAUGAUGGGAGCCCACCUGCUAUCCAUUCACUCCAGGGAAGAGUCGCAAUUCAUCAAGGAGCGCUUACGACGGUUCUCCCUGGGACACACCGACUGGUGGAUUGGCCUUUCCUUUGGCCCACCUGGAGAGGAGGUCAGGUGGAGCGACAAAACGGAGAUAGAUUUUCAGAACUGGGCUGAUAGCGGUUUAAACAGUGAUCUCAAAAAAAGCUGGACGUGUCUCUCCAUGUCUUCAACAGGGAAGUGGUCGGUAAAGAAAUGCAGCGAACUUCACGGCUACGUGUGCAAGAGAAGGACGGUAUCUGUGGUGGAGACUCCCCAGGAGCCACACUACAUUGGAGCAUGUCCAGAGAAGUGGCUCUACUUCGGACACAAGUGCCUCCUGCUUCACCUCCCUGGCAGUCCAAAUGAAGGAAAGAGUUGGAAAGACGCCCAGUCCAUCUGCUCUUUGUUUCAAGGCUCCCUGGUUGCCAUAGAAGAUGAGAUUGAACAAGCCUACAUCACCAUGCUGCUCCAGGGAAGCUCUGUAGGUGUGUGGAUCGGUCUGCGAGAUGAGGACACAAUGAAAUGGACUAAUGGGAAACCAGUCAGCUACACCAACUGGUCUCCAGUUGAACCAAAGAGUUAUCUUACUCAGGAUGACUGGCUCAGUGGGGCUGCCGAUGAACCCCUCUGCACCGUUUUGUCAAACAACCACAAUUUCCACCUCACUGGGAAAUGGUACGAUGAGAAGUGCAGUGAGAGCGGGUAUGGCUUUGUUUGUCAAAAACCUCAAGACACAUCCAAACCCCCCACCCACUCCUAUCACCACCGUCUUCCUGACAAUAUUGAGUACAGGAGCACCACCUACAAGGUUGUGUCUGGCAACAUGAGUUGGUACGACGCGAUGCACAUGUGCAUAGAAAAUGAUUCUGAGCUAGUGAGCAUUACAGAUGCCUACCACCAGGCUUUCCUUACUGUCCUUGUCAACAGAUUGGACGGCCCACAUUGGAUUGGACUGUACAGUCAAGACAGUGGCAUCAAUUACAAGUGGUCAGACGGCAGUGACACAGUGUACACACACUGGGACGCAGCUGAUGAUGAUGAUGACGACUUUGUGACUGGAGAGUGUGUGUACAUUGACGUGAACGGAGGCUGGCGGAGAGCAGACUGUGAGACUCCGUUGCCAGGAGCGCUGUGUCACAUUCCCCUGCCCAACAGUAAACCAUUUGUCUCGUACGAGAUGUCCUGUCCGCACACCUGGGUGAAGUUUGGACGAGGCUGCUACGACUUUGAGCCGGUGGUUGAGAAACUCACAUUUGAAGAGUCAAGAACCCGCUGUAAACAGAAAGUCAACACCUCAGACAUCCUGACCAUUGAAAGUGAGACAGAGAACCGUUUUGUUCUGGAGCAGCUGCGUUCUUCCGGGUCCCUUCACCGCACUAUUUGGUUGGGGAUGUACUUCAACAUUGAUACUGAUUCAAUGGCCUGGGUUGAUGGCUCACCGACGGACUACACCAACUGGGCAGAUAAAGGCCCAGACGCCAAACAGCUCACUGCAGACACCUGUGUUACAACCAGGGUGAUUGAUGACGUGUGGCGUCUGUCGACAUGCGGAUUGCAGCUCGGCUUCAUCUGCAAAACUGUCUCAGAUGUAGCCACUAAGGUGGAGGUGGAGCCCAUUAAUGGUUUGUAUCAUGGCAUCAUCCCUGCUGCAGUGGUGGUGGCAGUAUUGAUCUUCGCUCUGCUGGCAGGGGCGAUGUGGUUCCUGUACAAGAGAAACCCGGCUCGCUUUCGCGGCUUCCCCUCGCUCGGCAGCGCUUAUUACAGACAGACCAACUCUCAGGCAACAGAAUCAGAUGGAAAUGUUCUGAUUACAGACCUGGAGGCUCAUUCAGGGGAAUAGCAUCCAGGGACUUUGGCAAUUUAUUGGCCUUUCUGUGUAUCUCAGCAUUUUCCUGUCUGGUGUGUAGGCCAGGUGAAAUCUUAAAGCUGCGACACAAACCUCCUCAGCACCUGACAUGAUGACAUUGGAUGUGUUUGAAGGAUCCCGUUGACUCUGAUUCAGUUUUAUUUAAAGCAUUCAGCUGGGGAUAGAGUGGGAGUCGAUCUCUUCUGCAGACAAGGAGACGCAGUAUUUGAAUUAAUGCUUGAACUAAGAUCAGAUUAUUUGAAAUAAUCAGGAUAGCAGGGAACUUGAAGUUUAGGAGGUUAACAAAACGUUUUUAAUCAAAACUGCGUGAAAUUCAUUUGUUUAUAUGGUAGCAGUUCAGUGCAGAAAACGAUUGAUUUCAACGAUUUCAAAAGAGUGAAGGAAAAUUGUGGUAAUUUCAUAUUUUCACUAAAAAACAUAUUACUUAUCUGUUUCUGUAAAUGAGGCAUUCAGGAGCAUCUGGAUUUGCUGGAUUUGUACAUGUGGAACAUCAAAGUUGUCAGUAUUACUUUUUUAUUUACAUGUUAUUUUGUAUGUACACAUUCUGUAUAUUGACUUCCGAAGGUUGGUUUUUUUUUUAAGUGCUAGCAAUGUCCUGUUUUCAUUCCAAGUUUGGUGAUCUGAAGCAAAUUUAAAAAAUGCAUUUUGUAUAGUUUUAUUUGCAUUUAAUUAAAUUGAGGUGAGAUUAAACCAUUUAUGAUUGUCAUUUUAUACAAUGCGGGGUUAUAGAAAGUCUGUGAAAUAAACUACAUCCAUUUGGAGCCUUCUACAAGUUUACCACUUUAGUUUUAGGUGAUAGAUUAUGUAUUUUUUAAGUGGGCUUGUAAAUAUGAAAGAUAAUGCUACCAUGUCUAAAGAAAUUGCUGUUUGGUUCAUCAGACUGUUUCAUGCAUUUUUAAAUAGAAUUAUGUGUAUAAUUUGCAUUAAAAAAUAUCCUAUAUACCUGAUUACAUGUUGAACCAGUUCUGCAUUUUCAACCUUUGUAAAUCUCAGCACUGAUCUCAGUACAACACAGUCAGUCAGUAGAGUGUUAUUUAUCAGCUGUCAGUAAAGUGCAGCCUUAGAAUCAUCAGCAAUAUCUGACAUUAAAUGCAGAGUAUUUAAUAAUUCACAACAGCUGCAGGAAAAUCCGUGUGCAAAGCAGGAGGGAGAGUUGUGUGGCGCAAAAUGUUGGGACUUCCUGUUCAGUUUGCGUGUGAUUAAAAUAUGUUUGUGUAUAAUAUA